GAGAAAAGCUGCCUCAUCCGAGUCUGAUUAGAGGAGGACAGAGCACAACAAUUCAAAAUGAUUUUGGUGACUAAUCAAGAUCGUGUAUCUGAAGUUCUCAACAAAGCCAUGACCGCGCUCACAUUUGAACCCGAGCGUCCUCAGCAAUUUGCUCUAGCACAGAUCAUUGAAUCAAAUAAAGUGCUCAUACUUCCGGCCGAUGCCAUCCUGUAUUACGCAAUGGACAAGAAAGUGAAUCACGACUUCAUCCUGAGAUUCACUGAAAGAAGAUCUUCAUGUCUAUGCAAGUUUUAGCUGUAAGGAACAUAAUGUUUCAUGGGACUCUGUUGGAUCUAAAAUCUCUGCUCAGUAUCAAAAACCCUGCAAUAUAUGAAUAAAUUACUUUGGCAGUGUUCUACUUUAAAUUAUUGAACAAUUUGGAGAGAGUGACUUGACUUCAGACAAUUGCUUAACAUUAACUUUUGA